GUUCUGUUGGCUUUAUUGCGCAAAUGUACAUUGUUGAAAGCGAAGCGGGACCGAGUUAGGGAAGGUUGCUGCUUGGCGUAGUAUGGCUAUGAGGAGAGUCAAGACAAGAGGAGGUCGCCGAGGUGGCUUCUCUGGUGAUUCAUCAUUUCCUGGAACUGUGAAUCCUAAUGUCUUAGCACUGCAUCGAAGUCGCCUCAUGGAUAUUUUCCCAGACAUUAAUUAUCAGUCUGCUCACAUAUUGCUUGAUCUUUGUGAAGCAAAUGUGGUAAGAGCUAUUGACAAUGUUUUAUAUGCCCAAGAGUUACGCAAAAAUGUACUUUCUGUAUUCGGUGAGUCAAGAAAAUUGGCCUUUGCUAAUUUAUCCGAUGAGCAACGCAACGAGUCAACAUCCCAGAAACCAACUGAAAUCCCAUUGAUUCCUAGCACAUCUUCUGGAGAACACAUUAUGACACAAAAUGAAUCUUUACAACAGCAAGAAUGUCAGUCUGAAUCACAAGCUUCCCAAUUCAUCGAAGAUGUUUCCAUCAAUGAGGAACUGAUGAAUGCUGUGCACUACAUUACUGAACAUGUAGAAUCUUCACCAAAUGAUCCAAGUAGCACCUCACAGCAGUUGCAAAAUGAAAUAAUUAAUUGUGAACUCUUUUACGAGGGCAACACCACUCCAAGUGUUGCUCAAGAAAAUAAAGAGCAUAUGAAGUGUGAAGUAUAUUCAGACUACACACAUGCUCAUUCAAUUACAGAACAACAGUCACAACAGACUAUUGUUCAGAGUCAGAAGGUGAACCAACGAGCAGGAAAAGUUAAGAUUGGUCAGACAACCUACGUGGUGAAAAAGCUUCCCAAAGAUGUGCCAUUGCCAGCCUUACCUUCCAUUGCCAAGAAUCGAGAAAUACUUGAGAAACUAGUAAAUCAGCCCAUGCAAAAAUUCAAACAAUUAGAGUGAUGUUUUGUGGUUUAUGCCAGAUUCCUUAAAGCAAGAACAGAUCAUCCUCAUAUAUUUUCUGUGACAC